AGACAUCAGCUUUUUGCCUGUGGUGACAACUGGAGAAGAAUUGUGUGAUACUGAAGUGGAGGAAAGGUCGUAUACGACUGAUUCCCUGGACUCUUUGGAGGAGGAGGAGGAUUCAAGAGGCAGGACCAGUACGUGGAUAAUGAGUGGAUCAGAGGAAACCCGGAGUCAAAUGAUUAUGAGUGAACGAUCGUCUGAGGUGGAUCAGUCAAGUCAGGGCAUUCCAGAAGUGGACUGGUCUGCAGAUGGUCCAAUUCAGUGCUUCCCAAAUGACCAGAACCGGUCCAGCAGAGACACUAACUUCGACAGUUUAGUUGCAGGGGCUGACUCAGACUCAUCAUUCAUGUCACAUGUACAUUCAGGACACCUAAACACUCAGUCACAUCCUGCAGACACAGGUCAUGUCACAGUUACACAGGUACAAUCGACAGUAGAAACUGAACCUGUAGUCAGGACAAGGGCAGGCAGGGUUAGCAAAAGAAUCAAUCGACUCAUUGAGUCCAUGGUCCAAAAGCCUUUUGAUUUAAGGGGUUUUGUGAGUUCAGUUAACAAGAGAUCUCAGUCACUACUUACACUGUUUUAAAGUGACAAGCUUGUAGUUUUUUGUUUUUGUUUGUACCUCUGAUCUGGUAAAUAUGCCUUUUUAAGGGACAAUGUCUAAUGUAUGUGUUUUGUGUAAUAUGUUACAUGUUUGAGAGUAGCAGGGAGUUGUAUGGUGUACAAGGCAUCAUAUUAAUCUAGGAGGGACUAAGGCUUGAUCUCCCUUAUGUUUUCUCUGAACCUAUAUAGUAGGUGGCUUUUACAGCCGAUGGUAAAGCUAAGAGUUUUUCAGUUAACCCUGCACAAGUUUGAUGUCAGUUGUCUUGGAGGUCAGAAUGGUUUAUUCAGAGGUACACUAUGGUCUGGAUUUUUGCGAAAUAUAGGAGGGGUGUAUGUAACCAAUGUAUAACUUCACUUGUUUAUAUUUCAGUAAAAUCAUUGUCCAUACUUUAUUUGUAAAACUUGUCACUGUCACUUUAUUUUUUAGAUGCUUUUAUUUUGAAAAGUACGUUUUAUUUUGGUACUCAUGGCACCGGCACAUUUCUGCAGACUCGCGCUACUUUCCUCAGUUAGCUUCAGGCCCCACUGAGGAGAAAAGGUGUGAAGUUAGAAAGCUGAUGAAGCCAUUUCCUGCUUUAAUUAUUAUAUUCUGUUUUGCACAGUCAGGCUAGAUAACAGCACAGUUUAUCCACACACAUGGAUCUGACAGCAGAACGCCACAGUGUCCCUCUCAGUGACGGGAACCAUAUCCCACUGCUGGGAUUGGGCACCUAUGGAGACCCUCGAACGACACCCAGAGGCACAGCACUUGAGUGUGUCAAGCUGGCCAUAGAUGUGGGUUACAGGCACUUCGAUGGAGCAUUGGUGUAUUUCAAUGAGCAUGAAGUUGGUCAAGCCAUUAGAGAGAAGAUUGCUGAUGGAACCGUUCAAAGAAAGGACAUAUUUUACUGUGGGAAGCUCUGGAAUACAUUUCAUCCACCAGAGUUGGUGAGACCAGCUUUGGAGAGGACACUGAAAGCCUUAAAACUAGACUAUGUGGAUCUCUACAUUGUUGAACUCCCUAUGGCCUUCAAGCCUGGAAAAGAGUUCUAUCCAGAAGACCAGGAUGGAAAACACAUCUACCACCACACAGACCUCUGUGCAACAUGGGAGGCUUUAGAGGCUUGCAAAGACGCAGGGCUGGUGAAAUCUCUGGGAGUCUCCAACUUCAACCGCAGACAGUUGGAGCUGCUGCUCAACAAACCUGGCCUCAAACACAGACCUGUAUCCAACCAGGUUGAAUGUCAUCCAUAUUUCACACAGCCCAAGCUUCUGGAGUACUGUCGUCAGAAUGACAUAGUGAUUGUUGGCUACUGCCCAAUUGGCUCCUCCAGAGAUGCCUCCUGGGUGAAUGUGAAAUGUCCUCCCCUGCUGGAGGACGAGCUGCUUGUAUCCAUUGGGAAAAAAUACAAGAAGAGCACGGCUCAGGUGGCUCUGCGCUUCAACGCCCAGAGAGGAGUGGUCGUGAUCCCCAAGAGCUUCAGCCCCGAGAGGAUCAAACACAACUUCCAGAUAUUUGACUUUUCACUCACUGCGGAGGAAAUUAAAGCCAUUGAGGCGCUGAACAAAAAUAUCCGCUUUGUGGAGCUGCUGAUACAAACAAGUCCACAUCAUUAUGCUCGGAAAGCAACUUUUUCGUUGUUUCAACACAGGUGGAGCGACCAUCCAGAGUACCCAUUUCAUGAUGAUUAUUAAUAUGAUGAAUGACUCUUUAUAAAACAAAGUAUUGACUGAUUUUGAUUUUCAGCAUCUUUAUUUCACCAUUAAAGUCUGGUACAUGUCAACAGUGAACACUAGAGGGCUCUAGCUCACAGUAAAUGAAAAGCACAACAUAGGAUAACAUUUAGCUCAGAUGUUUGAUGAGGUCAAGUUAUCUCAUGCAGAAUUUGCUUAGGGUUUACAUAAUAUAAAAACCAAAAAACAUGUAUUGUCACUUACAGCUGAAUUGAAAUAGACGCAGCGUCUGCUUUUAAUAAGGUUUGGUUAAAAAAUAAGACUAUGUGGAAAGAAUGUUGAACUGGUUUGCUGAAAUAUUGAUAGAGGUUUGUCUUUACAACAGUUGGCUACAAAUGGCCGAAUGAUCACUAUACCAGUUUACAGGAACAUUUCAAAACAAUCCAAGUUGACCAAAGUCCUGUACCUUGUUCAAGGUAAUGCUGUGUUAGAGCAAACAACACAGAUAUAGAACAGGUAGUUAUGUUAGUCGAAGAGUAGAGAAAGUAGAAAAAAAGCUAUUUACUGUAGGGGAACAAAGAUUUCAUCUGUGCCGAAUCUCCAAAAUAAAGAACAUCAGUAGUUGUAACAAAUUCAAAUCUGUUUGUUUUGUUGUGCAACCCUGUGACAAUGAAUGAUUAUUGAUUUCUUAGAUAUAGUGUAACUGGAAAGGGGAAACAUUUGUGAAUAUUGAGGAUUGUGCAGGAUGGAUUCCAAUUUGUUUUAGUAUUAUAUUUUCAAAAUGACUAAACAAUUAAAUAAGAGAGUACAAUUAGACAAAAGGACCAUGCCAGUUCAUAUUUAUGGACGCAUGAUAUACAUUCUCAAAAUAAACAUCCUCUAAAGGAAGAACAUUUACUGGGCGUAGCAUUCUCAUUUGUUUGAGCCGCAGUUUCUGUCUUCCAGAUGCAAUUAGCAAAUAUUUAAAUUGAAGGCUCCAUUGUUGCACUGUUUAAGCUAAAUCUAACCCUAACACCCUGUCAAGAAAUGUGAUUAAUGGGGGUUGCAGGUAUUUACUUUUUAAGUGUCCGGAGUUUAAAACCUGUGUUGUCUUGCUGUCCAAACACUUCAGCCCCGGAGGAAUUUAGGUUAAAGAAUGUUGCUGAAAGACAUCUGUGUGGUAACGAAGCAGAGGGGUGGGUGUUGUUUAUUUGUAUCCUAUCCACCAUUCUAAAACAUCUAUUCUAAUUAGAAAGAUAAACCUCAUAUUAUACAAAGAUUGAACAGAAUGAUGAACUGAGGGUGUCAACAUUGAGAAGACUGUAAAAAAUGACAUUCUCUCACUGACCUGUAUUAGGCUAAUUUCGACAAACUUGAUACUUAUGUAUGCAGAAGAAGUAAGAGUAAAUAUAGAAGAGCCAUAACUAAAUUAAUGCAUCUUGUUAAAAAUAAUUAUUCACCAUGUUUAUGACUCCUAUGCAUUAAACUGAAUCUUUUUAAUGUUUAA